UCAUGUAGCGGGGUAUUCAAAAUGGCGACUGCAUCACAGUUACUUGAUGCGUUAAGCAGGGAAGAUAAUGUGUUAUCAGAGCAAUUACUUCAGAGAGGAGCAGACCCAAAUGAGGUGCUUCCUUUGGGAGGGGUGGCUCCCAUGCAUAUAGCAGCGGGACUGAGUGGGGAUGCCACAGAACUCUUACUCAACUAUGGGGGAAACCCAAAUAUCAGAUCAGUUGAGGGAACUACACCAAUGCAUGUUGCAUGUAUGUGGGGAAAAAGAGAUGCUCUUACUGCUCUUUUACAAAAUGGUGGUGACCCUUUCAUAAAAGAUCAGGAUGGAGAGACAGCAUUUGGCAGCGCUGCAAAGUUAAGUCAGCACAACUGCUUAGAAACUAUCAAGUCACACAUGUCUGAUGAUCUGAGUUCAAAUUCCAGUACUCUGACACAGCUACUGACCAAAAACAACUUCUGCAUGGAUGUAACUUCACCUGAUCAUCCAUAUAUUGAUGAGAAAGGCAGAAGAAAUGACACUCUGACCUCAGAGGAUUCCUUUGUGACCUGUGCCAACGAAAGUUUUCAGGAAACAUGUAACCAAUCACACAGAAGCCCAGGCUUGGGCCCUAAUUGGAAUUCCAAAGAGGAUGAAUGUGCAAAGGGUGACUUUGUGAAAGAGGAUAUUCUUAAGGAAGAAAAUACUUUGAAAAGUGAAAAUUGUGUUUAUGAAAUAUACAAAAAUCAGGAAGAUUUACCAGAGUGUCAUAUCAUAAACUUUGGUCAAGGGAAUUUGAGUGAUCUAAUGACUUCAGAUGAAAGUUUCUGUCCACAGAACGAAGAAAACUUUUUGAAAAAAUUUAGUUCAAUGGACAUCAAAUCUCCAAGCCGAAGGAAAGUUUUCACACCUCCUGUUACUUUGCCUUCAUCUUUACCAGCUAAUCUCAGUGACCUUUUGACCUCUGAUGAGAGCUUUGUUCCUCCAACUACAUGUAAGGUCAAUUUUGCUAAGAGUUUGAACAACCUAGCUUUGAACUCCCCAAGCAAAGUUGAGUUUGUAAGACAAUGGCAUCAACAAAAUUUCCCCUCACCCACUGUUGGACAGUCAGAAGAUUCUUUUGAUCCUGAUGAAACAGUUCUCUAUGAUCCAUAUGAAGAUCUGGGCAGCAUAAAUUCUGAAACAACCAUUCACUACUGGGAAGAUCCUGCGACUGGAAAAAAGUUGGUUGAAAGACAUAUUCCUUCAUCCUUUUGUGGAAGCAGUGGUCGACCUUCCCUUAAUGCAAGCAUUUGUACCGUGUCAACAGUAGAUUCCCAAAAGACAGAGCUGUAUGAUUGGAAGUGUUACACACAAACUGUUGAUGACAACGAAAAUAGACUGUCAGACAAGGAAAUCCGCCAGAAGUUACAAAGCUUAGGUGACAGUCCAGGACCCAUAACUCCAUCCACCAGACAAACCUAUUUAACUAGGUUGAAGCAUCUGCAGACUAAUGCAACACUUGGGCAGCUUGGAAUCACUAAAACACUACCAGAUUAUCCUUCCGUAUUACGAACAGCUCUCGAUGGGAAGUUUGACUCUCUGGGUUUGAGAGAAAUGGAGGAGGAUUUAAUAAAAACUUUUAGUGACAAGAGUCUGAGCUCCACUUGGAGAGAAGGGACCAUAAAAUCCUCCUUCAAUUAUCUGCUUUUGGAUUCUCGCGUCACCCAGGAUCUACCAAACAGAGCGGAUAAUUUAGGGGAAUUGGAAACAUUUCAAAAAUUUAUCGGAGCGAUUUUUUACAUUGGUAAAGGGAAAAGGGCAAGACCCUAUUCUCAUCUCUUUGAAGCUUUAAAUCACAAGCAAGGCAAGGCAGGAAAAAAAGUGCAGCAUAUUAUUGAUAUAUGGAAGGAUGGGUAUGGAGUUGUCUCCCUUCAUUGCUUCCAGAGUGUGAUCCCAGUGGAGGCUUACACACGAGAAGCCUGUAUGGUUGACGCCAUUGGUUUGCAUAGAUUAACCAAUAUCAAAAGAGGGGAUGUUUAUGGGCCAGCCACUUCAUGGCAGAUGAAGGAUCGCCAAAGGUUUGGUGUUUAUCUUCUGAAAAAGGCACUCCAAAUAUUUCUUGGGGAGGGAGAAAGACAGAUAUCUCCUGCAGACAUCAAAAGAUAGGAGUGAUCUUUUAAAUGGACGUGUUAUUGGCUUGAAGAAUGUGACGUUUUAAGAUUUAUGUUGAAAAGUGUGAUGUGAAUUAUCAAAUUGUUCAGAGGCAGCUACAUGUACUUAAAUUUUUUGUUAACAAUUCUAUUGAAGGUCAAUUAUAGUCUCAACAAAUUAUUUUGCCAUUUUAUAUGUACAUAAAUAUCAAAUUGCGAAUGGCAAACGUUCAAUUUUAUUACAUACAAUUUGCAACUGUCAGAAAAUGAAACCAAGAUUUUAAAAUCUGUGAUUUCUGGAAAACUUAUGUGGAUAUCAUAAAUUCCUUACUUUUAAUUAAAAAUUAACUACU